AUGUCAGCUACCAUGUUCCGCACGACGGCCGUCCGAUCGAUCCCGCGUUCCUUCCAAGCUCCAGCACCACGAGCGAAUGUCUACAAUAACAUCCUCAGGGCUUCUCUGAGAACCUCUGCUCGACCUGCCAAGUCCGCUCGCGUUCUGUCUCUGACGGUCGCCCGGCCAUUCCACACAUCCCUUGUCAAAUAUGAAAUGAAAGGCGCAGACAAGGCCGCGGCCUGGGGAUCUUCAGCAAAGCAAUUCGAGGAGAACCUGGGCAAGGAAGUGUUGAAGCCUACGCCACAAGCUGUCAGCGCCUCCUCCUCAACCCGAGCUGUUGCCAGCGAGACGACGGCAGACCAUGACGACGACGUAGACAUGAUGGAGGGCAUCCGAGCCGAUUUUAAAACCAUCAAGGAGACCUUCAGCUUGGAAGAGGUUCCACGUCAAGCUCUCUAUGUCGGUAUGGCGGGUGUUUUGCCUUAUCUCGCGACGUCUCUCUCUACGGUGUAUUUGUCCUUCGACAUCCAGUACGCGGCAACUCACGGUCAGGGCUUCCUCCUGUCUGGCGAGACCGCCGAAACUCUUUUGCACAUUAUUGAGCCCAUCCAGCUCGGCUAUGGUGCUUCGAUCAUCUCUUUCCUCGGUGCCAUUCACUGGGGUCUUGAAUGGGCAGGCUUCGGUGGCUACAAGGGAUAUCCUCGUUACUCGAUGGGUAUUGUUGCUACCGCUGUGGCAUGGCCGACUCUACUCCUCCCCGCCGAGGUCGGUCUGAUUGCCCAGUUCUUGGCCUUCACCUUCUUGUACUACAACGAUGCUCGAGCAGCCCACAACGGCUGGGCUCCCAAGUGGUAUGGAACGUACAGAUUUGUACUGACCUUUGUUGUCGGUGCAAGUAUCGUUGCGUCGCUCAUUGGCCGUGGUCAAAUCGCUGACCUGGUCACUCGACCACCUGGACCAGCUGAUCGGAUGAGGGAGCUCCGACAGAAGCAGCUCGCAGAGCUCGGCCCUGAGCCCGAGGGUGAUGAGGAAGAGGAAGGUGAGGAUGAAGAUGAAGAAUAG